CCUCCCAUCAUCUCUGACUGACUGACAGGCAGAUAGCAGGAACAGAAAGCGUCGGCAGCUGCCUUCAUCGAUCACUCAUCUUUUACACACACACACACACUCUUGAACACGGUGGCGAAUCAACAAAAUGAACGCUCCGCUCCUGUUUCGGCUUCUACUGACAGCAGCUUCGAUUUGGACAUUUGGUUUGUGCCAACCAGUUGUUUACCCUGCGAUCAGCAGCACUGAGAGUAUUGAAUGUGACUGUGGUAAACUCAACUGUGACUCUGUCUACUGGUUCCGAACUGUUCCCAGCGAGGGCAAAGCAGAGUUUAUUGGCAGAUCCAACAACGCUGACCGUUUCAACUAUGGGUCUUCAUACGAGGCAGACAAACAUCGCUUCAAGCUAAGCAAGAGGGGCAGCUCGACCUUUGUCCUGCGCAUCAUCAAUGUGACUAAAGCGGACGCAGGGAUUUACUCGUGCGCCACUGUAAUGGCUGCUAGAGAGAUGCAUUUUAAUCCUGGGGUUGUUUUUCGGCCAGGAGAGACCCGUCCAACUUUGCCUCCAGUCACGAAGCCUAAACCCAAACCCAGCUGCCCUUGCUCUUCCAAGAACCAGCCUCAGGACGGCUGCGACUCCCUGAUUUUCUGGCCGCUUGUCGGAGUCGUUGCGGGCUUGGCUCUGGGUCUUCUCUGCACGCUGUAUUAUUUCAGCAGACUGCCCAAAAAGUGUCACCACCACUUUGUGAAGAAGAGGCUGAUGAACUGAAGAAAUUCAUUUUCUGCUUUUGCUGAACCUUAAGUGCAGCAUUUGAGAUGCCGGAUCGCUUCACUGCAGCUCUUCAUCGUCUGGAGACUGAGCAGCUUGAAGCACCCUGAAGAUCUUCUUUGCUAAAAGCAAUUACCUCUAAAUGGAGAACAUGUCCACAGCCUGAGGCAGGACAUUGUUGUAUUAUAUUGUCAAAUAUUAAGAAAUUCUUUUAGACAGAUUAUUUUCAUGUGUCGCUGAUUCAUGUGUUUAUCAUUUAGUCAUUUUACUUUCAACUAAAAAAAAGAUCACAUGUUUAUUUUCUCUGUAUUAUUGUUACAUUUUUUGACAAAAUUUUUUCUUUCUGUUAUUUUUAGUUUAAAAAAAAAAUCACCUGGAUAUUUUCUGCAAGCGUACGCUCAUUUCCUGCGUCGUUUUUGCCCUUUUUGUAUUUAUUUGUUUGCGUCACGUCGUUUCAGAAGUGUUGCACGUUCACGGCUGGAUCCCAGAGAUGAGAACACGUUUUAUCUGCUGUUGAAACGAAUAAAUUUAUGCUUUUCCACCUUA